CUUUAAUGGCGGUGUCUACAGUUAUUUAUCGACAACGGGUAACGAUCACCCUUAAAAAAUGAAGCAAAUAAUAUACGGCAAAUUCGGUUAUGGCAUUUUAUUAGUCUCCAAAAGCUCCAGAUAUUCAGCCAUUAAUACACGGAAAUUAAUGUCUGGAAAAUUUAGUAGGCACAGUAGGCCAUUAUUAGCAUCACCACAAUUGAGAUACUUUGCAAAUCCGCAUCGUGGAUAUGCUAUGGUGGUAGCAAGGGUCUUAAGGGGAGUAUUAAAAAUUCGAUAUCUUCUUUUGGGCGGUGCAGUCGGUGGUGGAGUUACUUUGCAAAAGAAAUAUGAAGAAUGGAAAGAAGGAUUACCAGAUGUGAAAUGGAUACAAAACUUGAUACCUAAUGAAAAUCAGUGGCAAAAUUUUCGAGAAUCACUUAUGACACUUAAGAAUAAUGUGAACGAUAAGAUUGAGAUUGAUCCACGUAUAAAGGAAUUUGGACUAACUAAAUAUCGAGAAUACAGGAUGUGGUUUGAUCAAAGACUGGAUAAUGCUAUUAAGGCAGCAGAAAAUCGUCAAAAAGACUAUCAAGAGAAUAACUCUAUACAGAGUGCAUUUGAUACCAUCUCAUUGGUAGCUAAACAAGCUUACUCAGAAACAAAAGAUCAGUUACCCAAAAAUAUGAUUGUCUAUACACGUCCAUUGUUUAAUGAUAAUACUGAAGAGGAACGUAAGAAAGCUCAAUCAUCGCAACAAAGAAUGAAUGCUAUGCAAGAUGAAUUGAUGCAGAUUCAAUUAAAAUAUCAACGUGAAAUAGAAAGAUUAGAAAGGGAGAAUAAAGAGUUACGUAAACAGAUUCUUUUACGAGGGAAUCAAAAGUUUAACACUAAAAAGAUAAAAAAAUCAUUAAUCGAUAUGUAUAGCGAUGUCUUGGAUGAACUUAGUGAUUAUGAUAGUACUUAUUCCACUGCUGAUCAUUUACCUAGAGUAGUAGUUGUUGGUGAUCAAAGCUCUGGUAAAACAUCUGUGCUAGAAAUGAUAGCUCAAGCAAGAAUAUUUCCGAGAGGUGGAGGUGAAAUGAUGACGAGAGCGCCAGUCAAGGUUACAUUAAGCGAAGGUCCCUAUCAUAUAGCGCAAUUUAAGGACAGUUCCAGAGAAUUCGAUCUUACGAAAGAAACGGAAUUAGCCGAGCUCAGACGAGAGGUGGAAUUGCGAAUGAAAAAUAGCGUUAAAAAUGGAAAGACAGUCAGUCCGGAUGUCAUAUCUAUGACUGUUAAGGGACCGGGCCUUCAACGUAUGGUUCUAGUCGAUUUACCUGGUAUUAUUAGCACGGUAACUGCCGAUAUGGCGGAAGACACUCGCGAGGCCAUUAAACAGAUGAGCCAACAGUAUAUGAGUAAUCCUAACGCAAUUAUUCUCUGCAUACAAGACGGAUCCGUCGAUGCGGAAAGAAGUAACGUGACCGAUCUUGUUGCUCAAAUGGAUCCAUCGGGUAAAAGAACAAUUUUCGUCUUGACAAAAGUUGACAUGGCAGAAGAGAAUUUGACUAAUCCUGAUAGACUGCGCAAAAUAUUAUCCGGCAAACUAUUUCCAAUGAAAGCAUUAGGGUAUUUUGCUGUAGUUACUGGUCGAGGCAAACAAGACGAUAGUAUACAAACAAUCAAAGAUUACGAAGAACAAUUCUUUAGAAAUUCUAAGCUCUUCAAAGAUGGUUUAGCAAUGUCGGGUCAAGUAACUACGAAAAAUUUAAGUUUGGCGGUAGCCGAAUGUUUUUGGAAGAUGGUUCGUGAGACGGUGGAACAACAAGCAGAUGCGUUUAAAGCUACGCGAUUUAAUUUGGAAACAGAAUGGAAAAAUAAUUUUCCGAGAUUAAGGGAAUUAGAUAGAGAUGAGCUAUUUGAAAAAGCACGAGGUGAAAUCUUGGAUGAAAUUGUCAAUUUGUCACAAGUAUCACCAAGACAUUGGGAGGAAGUACUAAUGGCUCGAAAUUGGGAUAAAGUCAGCAUGCAUGUAUUUGAAAAUAUCUAUUUACCUGCCGCUCAAAGUGGAAAUCCAAAUACAUUCAAUACUACUGUCGAUAUUAAACUAAGACAUUGGACCGAACAACAACUACCUGCGCGUAGCGUCGAAAGUGGAUGGGAAUGUUUACAACAGGAAUUUCAGAAUUUUAUGACACAAGCUCGACUUAGUCAGGAUCACGACGAUAUCUUCGACAAUCUCAAGAAUGCCGUCGUGAAUGAAGCGAUGAGACGUCAUUCGUGGGAAGAAAAAGCAUCAGAGAUGUUACGUGUUAUUCAACUUAACAUUUUGGAAGACAGAAGCGUAAAUGAUAAACGUGAUUGGGAUCAAGCAGUAAGAUUCCUAGAAACUUCGGUUAAAGAAAAAUUGCAAAGUACAGAACAGAUCCUGCGCGAUAUGCUGGGCCCUAAUCGCAAAGAACGAUGGCUCUAUUGGCAGAGUCAAACAGAAGACCAACAAAAACGUACAGCUGUUAAGAAUGAGCUAGAUAAAAUUCUUUAUGCCGAUAAGAAACAUGUACCUACUCUAACACAUGAUGAGUUGACUGCUGUUAGAAAGAAUUUACAACGAAAUGGUUUCGAGGUCGAUAAUGAAUUCAUUCGUGAAACAUGGCAUCCCGUUUAUAGAAGAUUUUUUCUACAACAGAGUUUAGCAAGAGCAUAUGAUUGUAGGAAAGGAUACUAUCUAUAUCAUACCGGGCACGAAAACGAAAUGGAAUGCAAUGAUGUAGUACUUUUUUGGCGAAUUCAGCAAAUGCUAAAAGUUACUGCAAAUGCUCUUCGACAACAAAUCAUGAAUAGAGAAGCUCGAAGACUGGAUAAAGAGAUCAAGGAAGUUCUGGAGGAUUAUAGUCAAGACAGUGAAAUUAAGGAGAAAUUGCUCACAGGCAGACGAGUCAUAUUAGCUGAGGAACUUAAACGGGUUAGGCAAAUUCAAGAGAAAUUAGAGGAAUUUAUCCAAGCAUUAAAUAAAGAGAAAUGAACAUAUUAAAUCAAUUAUUGAAAUUGGGCAUCACGUUAUGUGAAGCAAAUCUCUAACAUCACUUGCGAUUGAAUAAAUGAAAGACACUGUAUAUUCAGAUUAAUAUUUUGUGGAACAUCAGUAUACAUCCUUGCAGAUUUCUACAAUUUGAUCAGGGAGAUAAUUCGUCUCUCGGCAAAAUAUUAAAUCCGAAAUCAAGAGCACAAUAUUGAUGCAAGUAUAUAACAAGCUCACAUGCUUAAUCAAGUUUAUAUGAUAUAAUUAAAAACCAAAAUCUAUAUGCUCUUUAUACGAUUUAGAAUUGUAAAUAUGAGACUGAUAUGUGAUUGAGAGACUUGAGAAAGAUAUUACAUAAAAUAUUACAGAUAUUACAUAAAAUUAUCUUCAAUGUACGAGGAUCAUUUCAUGUAAGAAUAUUAUGAUUAGUGUAAAAUGAUUAAAUAAAUUACAAUUGUUUGAUAAAUUAAUAUAUUGAUAUAGAACUGCAAUAGUGUAAUACAAUGUUACAAUUAUAAAUCUAUUAUGGGCAAGAUAAAUAUAAUUAAGCUUGUUAUCAAUAGCAGAACAAUAUGCAAAAUGAAUGUAGAAGAAAAUAUAGACUGCUCCUCAAAUAAACUAGCAUUUAAUUUGUA